CGCCAUGUCCGUGUCCCCGAACCACCUAGUAAAUCUUGACUUGUUCUGCAAUGAAGCAGCUAGCGAGGUGGUUUCAUCGGAUUCCAAUAUUACCAACUGUGAAUCAUUGGCGGUUUCGAGUGUCCCAUGGGAUUCCGAUGAUGAAAGCUGUGUCUUAACCUUACUAGAUUCCGAGGUUGAUCAAGUACAGGAAAGACAACAGUCACUUGCACUGCUUCAUGAAAAAGCAUGGCUCAGAACUGCUCGAGAAGAAGCCAUAAAGUGGAUGCUGAAGGUGCAAGGUUACUACAGUUUUACACCAGGGACAGCAUAUCUAUCUGUGAACUAUCUUGAUCGUUUUCUUUUGUCACACCCACUGCCGAAAGAUGAAGCAUGGCCUUUGCAGCUAGUGGCCGUUGCUUGCCUGUCUGUGGCGGCAAAAAUGGAAGAAACAAGGGUGCCACUUUUAGUAGACUUACAAAUGAUAGAGCCUAGGUUCUUGUUUAAGCCUAAGACAGUUCAAAGAAUGGAGCUUUUGGUUAUGGCCGCUCUCAGGUGGCGAUUGCGUGCUGUUACUCCUUUCGAUUUCGCUCAUCUUUUCAUUGCUAAGGCCAAGCUAUCAUGCUCUGCCUCCUAUCACAUUAUUUCUCGUGUCUCUGAUAUUCUAAUCAGAACAUGUUUAGUAACCGAUUUCUUAGAGUACCCUCCAUCUGCAAUAGCGGCCGCUGCUCUGCUUUGGACAACCAAUCAAUAUGUUGAUGAACAGAAUCUAAGCUUCUUCCACGAGAAUAUAAGCGGAGAGAUGGUGCAGAAAUGUUACAACCUCAUGAAACAGAGGAGUUUCCGAUCAGAACAUUUUGCAGCAACGAAUUUAGAUUCAUUGCCCCUAAGUCCUACUUGUGUGCUUGAUCUUGCAGCUAUGCAAGAAAGCAGCAAGGAUCACAACCCGUGACUUUGACUUCACAAGUGUUUCGUCAAGAGAAGAUGGCCAACAAGUGCCAUGAAAUUGCUUUCAAUUUUUCCAUUCCUGAUUCUUUUCAUUUUACUUUUUCCCCCAUUGGUGUGUUGGUGUGAUUGUGUGUGCAGUGUGCUUUUUUUUUUUUUUCAAAAUACAAAGAAAGUCUAGAUGAGUUUCGUCCCGAGCCUUCAUCUCUCCAAGAUGAGGACUGAUUCCAGGCUCAGAGAACGCUCGUAAAAGUACUUACAUAUUGCUCUCCAAUAAAGUCUUUAUAUCAGUAGCGGGAUUCGAACUCACGAUUUUGUGAGUUAUGAGCCGACUCUUUACCAAUUGAAAUAAUUUUUGUUGUUGAUGCUUCUUCUUUUUGUUUUCAGUGUAAGGUGUGGAAAGUUUUUAUUAGACUGGUUGAAUUUUUUCAUGAAAUAAUAAGAUUCUUUUUUUGAAUAA